CGCUGAGUAAUGACUACAUGUGUAGCAUCCCAGAUACGCCACAGAGUGUAGACUGCUCAGUUGUCACGCCUACAUGUACCUCAGACUGCUAACGUUAUAAGUAUGCCAGAUCCGGUGUCAUGUCAAUCCUGCAGAACCAAGAAGUUAAAGGUGAUCACCAAUCAAAACGUUGUUCACAAAAAUAAAUUGACUGUGUUUGAGUGCAAUCGUGUUCAGCCAUGCUCGAACUGCUCGGCCAGGGGCAUCUCUUGCCAUUUCUUGGUCCCUCCAUGGAACAAUCCAGACAAGAAUUCCAAUCUUACCACCCUGAGCAAUACACCAUUACUUGACCGGAUCGAGAAGCUGGAGGCUCAACUGCUUCAGCAUGAACUUGAGGCGAGAUAUAGUUCAGGCGAUUAUCAUCUUGAUAAGCGGCAGAUGUUCACACCUGAGCGCGGUACGCCUUCGAGCGUGCACCAAUUGAGAGACGCUGAACUACGGUUACUUGAGAAUGUAGCGACGAGGGAGGAUUCAGUGCUCCACAUGCUAUCGAAUGAGCUAUCUUUCAGAAUCAGAAGCGUCCCCGACAUUCUCAAGCCGACCCAAGUAUCUGGGUAUGAUCAGCGGAACGAGAGAAUCAUCACCUUCCCCGACUACAAAACUGCAGCUAUGCUCUUCCAAUAUCACGAGGCUGCUGGGGACUUAUUUGUUCGCAUUCUUCACAUUCCAACAAUGCGCUCACUCAUGAAGACCCUCUAUCUCAAGCUCCAACAGGGCGAUCCCAUUCCUAUAGGACAAGCCGCUCUCCUACUCUCCAUUCUUGCUUUGGCCGCUUUUUUCUACGAGCCUCCAGACGGCCCACAGCCGUCUACCAAUACUCAGGACUUCCUUCAGCUCUCCAAAGUCUUUAGCAAAGGUGCUCUGGAUAUCCUCGACUAUUCGCGGCGAAAUACUUCAGGAACCUUGGAGGACGUUCAAGCUUACAUUUUUAUGACGGUGGUGACCAUUCAUCUAGAUGGCUUUUCGGCCAGAGGUCGUUUCUUGGCGACAUCUGCCGCCACAAUGGCUAGGGAUCUCGGCCUCCAUCGAUUGGACGCGGAUUGGGGAUCUUCAUCGAGCAAAGAAACUAGUAUUCGCGAUCUAAUUGACCGCGAGGUGAAGCGGAGAGUAUUUUGGUUUAUAACCUCAACAGAUUGGCUAUGGUCGACUGUUUCGGGUCCCCAAGAGGGCACAUAUUUCACUCACCCUAAUCAUAUCAAUGUCAAGCUUCCCAAAGACUGUGACGACGACGAGGUGGUGCUAGGAGAAAGCACUAGCCCGACAUCGGAAACGCGCCCGACCGGUAUGACAUACAUGCUCGAAAGGAUCCGUCUGGCCCAUUUGUGUCGCGAGUUGGCUGAUAGCGUGCCCCUGGAUUCGUCCAAACUUGAGGCAAUGCCCUAUGAGCAAGUCAUAAACCUAGACAAGAAGUUGGUCCAUUUCAUUUCGACCCUGCCAUUCUUCUUCAGAAUCGACGCAGACUGUCGCCAUCGUGCGAAAACCCUCGAGACUUUAUAUCCCAACAUCCCUAUCCUGCGUUACUGUAUCACAAGAGCAGCCCAUAGCAGAAGAUGCAAGCUUCAUCACCGGUUUCUAGUCCGACAAUCUUCCGAUGUUCGGUAUGCGUAUUCUCGACAAGCAUGUCUUGAAUCAGCGCGGGCAGUCAUCCAGUCUCACAGAUAUCUUGCGGAGGAUGGCAUGCCUUGGAUCAAGGCGGCACGCAUGGGGAUAGCUGUACACUAUGUGCAUCUUGCUCUAGUCGUGCUCGUAAUGGACUUGUGCUUCAAUCGAGAUCAAGUCGAUGAGCAAGAGAUACGAGCCGAGGUCAAAGCGACUUUACAAAUGUUUGAGGAUGCAAAGCACGUCUCUCCAUUACUCGGUCGCUUUCUAAAGUCCAUAUGUGGCGUAACAUCAAAGCAUAAGGUAUAUCCGCAGGAGGAAUGUGGUACAACUUCAUCAUCGAACGAAACCCUGCGCAAUCCUACUUACGACGGGGGGAACUUGAACCCCCUGGGUGAUGACGGAUUACUGCCAACGAGUCAACUUGACCUCAGUAGAGCCGACACCGACGGCACAGGUCUAGAGUUUCCUCCCUCCUUUGAUGAGUUUUGGGAUAGUACUAUGCAUCAAGGCGGACCGGAUUUUGAUCUGUCUGCCUGGAGCAAUCUGUUCUCAUCUCUCGACUCGCAGAUGCUUUGA